CGAUUAUAGCGAUGCUCUCCUAGCUGUCAGCCAACAGCCUCAACUUCAUGCUGGUCGAGUCGUGAGCAAAGCUGCAAAGCACAGCCACCGUCACUCGCGCUUCAUACACCCAAUCCUCCUUAUUUCUCGUUCGCCAAGUACCCGAUCCCAGCCUCAAAUAUCUUGUGCAACACCAGACGGCUCCAGCCCAGACCUACCGAAGCCCCAUACCCCUGCGAGACACUGCCUGGUCGAGAACCAAAUACGGCGCCAAGUUGGGCACCAUCUCCGACGCCGAAUCAGAACCUAGAGACACUCUCUGAGCCUCUCGCACUGGCCAUCGCUCUCCCAUCUUCGCCUUCACAACUGCAAGUAAUAUGUCAAAGCUUAUGCGGAACGGAGUGCCUCGGAAGGAUAACGGCGACAUCGAUUGGACACCAAGGCGACACCAUGGAUGGACUGGGUUUAUCAUGGUUCUUGGCUUCCUUUUCCCUCCUCUUGCUGUAUGCGCGCGCUUUGGGGUUGGAACAGACUUCUUCAUCAACCUAUUCCUGACGAUUUGUGGCUACUUUCCGGGACACGGCCACAACUUUUUUGUCCAGAACAUUCGCAAUAACGACAAUCAUCCCAACCGAACGCCAAAGUGGGCGAAGCGAUACGGGCUCGUCGACGAUGCCUACGACAAAAGGCGCGCCAAGAAGCGUGCGUGGACCGGCAGGUACAACGACCAGCUCUCAGAAAGGCGCAUGUACGAUGACAAUGGCAACCCCACAACCUACGAUUACGAUCACCGGUUUGAGGAUGGCGAUGCUGGAGGUGCGCAGCGCAGAGCAGCAGCCGCUGCUGCCAGACGUCAGAAUGCGUUGGAUGGAGAGCAAUUUUACGGGGAGGACGCCCAACAGCAGAAGAGAAAUGAGUGGGACGGUGAUGCCUACGAUAGGCAACGUAAUGGGAGCAACGCUUCCCUUGGUGCCGGAGAUGACGGGCUUUUGCCAGGAGCGGGAGAAGCGGCCAGGCGCAAAGCGAAGAAGAAGUCCGCUCUUCGAGGCAGGGGUGGCAAGAAGGACAGGCACGCUCGCACCGACGAUAUCAUGGGCACCCCUGCCGACGAGUACGGCGCAGGGUCUAAUGAGUACUCUGGAGAUGUCAACGCGGACCCUCUCAGCCAUGACCUGUACGGUGGAGGGGGAGGAGGCGCCAGCAGGCGUGCGAACGGCAGACGACCGGAUAGCCUGGCGGACAGUCUCGACGAUGAGGGUCCCGAAGAUCCAGUCGCAAAUUAUGGUCGCUCUGCUGCUCCAAAUGCGAGAAGCGUCGCCUCUAAACGUCUGCCGGACGCGCCGACACACCAGCCUGCAUCCCAACCGCGGCAGAGAGAACACGACAUCAUGGCUGCCAACCACGAGUUCUAGCUGGCUUCUCUUUGCUCAAUCGCAGCUUACGUGGAAACGCUUUCAGGUUGCAAAGACUGCAACUACCCAUCGCACAGGUGUUACUUCGAGCUCUCUGUCUUUGACAACUGCAUUCUUGCACAUGACGAUUGUAUUUGUACUCGCCGUACGGGCAGGCUCGGCUUGCUUCCGUGGCGAGAGGACCUUUCGAAUGCCACGAGACUUAGUCCAA